UUAUAAUCGUAGUGGGAAGAAAUGACGUACAUGAAUGAUUCUCUCCUGAAAUAUGGUGUUAUUUCCCAGGAAAACAACGAGUUGUGAUCUUUAAACGGAUAUUACAGUGGCUAUAUUCUCUUUCGUGCUGUGUUUCUCAUAUUUACAUGAGAAACCAUGAACAUCGAGACGUUGUUGGAGGCUGCUAAAUAUGUGGAAUCGGGUGGAGUAUUGGCCGGUGCUUCGACAGAGCAUUCAUUUACACGUGGAAAUGAUGAGGUUGAUACUGGAGGUCCACCAAGUGGGGUUUCUUACACACCUUCAAUUCUUGAGAAGCAAUUAACCAGCUCACCACCUCCUCGGACCAAGUCCCCGGGUGCAAGAUACCAAGAGGCACCACUAGGUCAACAGAAAGUUCCACCUCCAGCAUCAAAACAUGGAAUCCCAUCAAAUUCACAAGCACCUACGACAACAGUAGCAACCAUCCCAGUAUCAUCAUCUUCCAUUAUCCAGCAUGCUCCACGUUAUCCUGCCCCAAAUCCUCCAGUAUCAUACCAUCUAUAUACACAUGUACCUCCACAACACCUGCAGCAACACCCUGCCCAGCAGCAACACCAACACCAUCCUCAUCCGUCACAGCACCAGCAACUUUUGCCACAACAUAUCCAACAGCAGCAUCCUCAUCUGCAAGUGCUGGCUCACCAUCAGCAAGGUGAGAAACAACCAUGUUUCCUUGGGGACUCUACGGCCAGCCCCGUGCCUCCCGCCCCUCCGCCAGCCCCACCGCAACCAUUAUUGUCACCUCCUACAUCAUCUGCAGUUGCCUCGCACGUGGUAGGACCAAGUCAGGCCAUGGACCUUCUGCAGCUAGGUGAAUCUCAAAGAAACAAGUACACCACACUUACCAAUGUCACAAGUCCAAGGGCAAGGGGUAGCCCUGGAAGUCACCAUGGUAGCAUGAGCCCUAGACUUGUUCAUCAAAUUGUCAGCCAUAAUCAGUGGGUCGCUGGCGAGAGGCCGGUGUCUCCAAAGCAGUCGCCUGGUAAUCCGAAGCAAUCUUGUGAAAGUGACUCCAAUGAUUCAGCAAAUGAUGGCAGUGGCAAGGAUAAGAGGGCUGGAAUCAGAGAGGUGCAUAAUAAACUGGAGAAAAACAGGCGGGCACAUCUAAAAGAGUGCUUUGAAAACUUAAGAAAGGCAGUACCUAACAUGGAAGAUAAGAAGGCAAAGACAUCCAACCUUAGCAUUCUACGUGGUGCCCUCAGAUUUAUUCAGGUCUUGACACGCAAAGAACGGGAGCUUGAGCAUGAACUUGACCGACUGGUACGGCAGAAGAUUGAAGCUCAACAGAGAUUGGACCUUCUCAAGAUCAAGAACGGCCUAACCAUCGGCAAACCUCUGAAACUACCAACAGCCAGGGAGGUGGAGGAGAUGGAAGAGGAUGACGAUGAGGAAGAGAGACUGGUUGUCGUUGAGGAUAAGGAUGUGGAAGUCACAGUGGAUGAUGAAAAGAAGAAUGAAGUUGACGAUGAUCAAGCGUCGACAUCUACUGCAUCAGAAGCGGAAGAAGAGGAGAGGAAAUCUCGUGCCCAGUCCCGAUCCCAAUCUCCUCUCCACCAACCUGUGUCAUCUUCUCAUCUCCCUUUCCCUCUUCCUGGAGUCUCCAGCUCAUACCAGCAAGCCUUUGCCAGUUUCCAAGGAACCAUGAAAGAAAAGCUUCCUUACCCCAAUCCCACUUCCCGCCCGAUUGGACUCAGCCGCUCUGCCAAUGAAACCAUGUUGAGGUUAACUAACAUGAGAGAUGUGCAGUCCCCUCCAGGCUCCGAUCCCUCGAGGCCAAAGCAGAAACAUCCAGAGGCCAUCCUGUCCAGACAUGGCUCUGCCCCAUCCUUGGGAACCAGUACCAUUCCACCACAAAGGACCACAUACAUGCAAAUGUCACAGGCUAAGUCUACAGUGCUCCAUAGUGUUGCUAGUCAGAUAUCGCCUGCCACAAUUGGGGCUAGUCAGUCUACGGGAGCACUGGCCGGAAGUGUGACCAGGCAGACAGUAAGCCAACUCUUGGGGAAGCAACCGGUUGUCAGGCAACCCGUUAGACGACAGCUCUCGUCUCAGCUUCCUGUUAUCCAGUCUCCGCUACAGACUUCUCAUCAGCUCCUCCCGCGGAUCAUGAGCACCCCUUCUCUCAGGUUAGGAUUCAACCCGUCCACGCAAGGUGUGAUGGGACCUAAUAAACCAGUUGUUACAGUAGGAAUUAACUCUCUGCUUGCACAACCUUCGGUCAUUCAAACUACCAGCACCCAUAAGACUAUCAUAUCAAGCGGACCAGGGACAACAGUUCCAAACCCAAGCACAGUGACAUUCACUGCCAAGUCGACCACACCAUCAGUGAUAACUGCCUCUCCGCUUACAACUUCUGCUGUUACCAGUCCACUUACUUCAAGUGUUCUAAGUACAACAAUCGCAGGAGCUCCAAGCACUACAAGUCUAAUGACUGCUUCAGUUAUCACUCAGACUCUUCCAGUCAUGUCUCAUACUGGUCACAGUCAGUUAAUCCCACCUAUUGCCCUACAGUCUCCAGCUAAUCCUGGUGCAUCUUUUCUCUUCACCCAUCCAUCCAACUACAUUGGCCUGCCUCACUCCAUGUUGCCACAGCCUUUCCUUGGAUCAUUUGCAGCUACAAGACCAUCUCCCAUACAACUCGCCACCUCGACACAGGUUAGCCCUUCCUUGGCAACCACACAACCUCUUGUCCAUCCGUCCACACAGUCCCUUGAUUCUGCCAAUUUACUAGCUCUUGCACAAGCACUCCCCAAACAAAUGCCCCCUGCACAAUACCCGAGUGCACUGAGCAUUGGUAGCCUAGCGUCUUCGGGAGCACUUCUCUCAACGAACCUACCAGGGGUCAAGCAUGGACCAUUCACUACUGUGGCAUCAACUGCAGUAACUGCAGCCCAAAACACAGUGUCCACAGCCCCUGCAAGUAAAAAAUCCAAAUCCUCUUCCUCUGGGGGCAAAGGAUCACGUAACAAACAUGGCAAAAAUCUUAAUGGUAAGACUGAAAUCCAAAUUACCACGUCAAAGAUAGCCGAGACAAUGGCCACCUUAACCAACAAUACCCAGGUAAUUGCUAAAAAUGGACAUUCUGCUUCAACAGUUGCUAACAGGACUAGCCAGCAAUCUGUUGUGGUCAAAUUAUAAUGCCUACCUGUGGGAAAGAGUCUUGGAUGUAGACUGCCUUAUUAUUUAUUAUUGAGACUUCAGUGCAUGAUACAAUUGAGAUGGUAAGCUGGUUGCCUUGGGUGCUUUAUACAUAUAUAUUGGCAUCGUUGCUGCUGUUUGUUUGAGCUUUGAUUAUGAAAGUGAUGUUAGUUCUGAAAGGCAAAAGCAUGCAAUAAAUACUCUAAAGCCAAUUCAUAAUUAUUCCACAAUAUCAUGUACCAUGAAUUUUUUCUUCUAAAAUCAGUCAACAGUGUUUUUAUCCUGUGUGAUUGUGUUUCACUUGGAUCAGACAAUUAUGAAAUUAUUAACUUAGAUAUUGCCUGAUAAUGCAUACAGUAAUGUAAUGAUGUUCCAUCACUGUUUAUACUUUCACCCCAUUCAAUUGCAAUAUAUUUUUUUAAAGGAGUGUACUGUUUUAUGUUUGAUAUAUUUAUACUUUAUUUUUGUUUUGACCCUGUCAGGAAGAUACCUGUUGCUUUGAAAGCCAAUUAGGGAACAUUAAAAAAAAACUGUUAAUAUCAUCUUGUGCCCCAACACUGUUGUCAUUAAAGUUAAGGGGCUAAGGGCGGAGUCACCUCCCCCUCAUGCAACAUCCCCUUUGUUACCCCCCCCCCAAAAAAAAAAAUGCCACCAAACUAACUUUAUAAUUGGUUCAAAACAAAGUUUGGAAUCAGCAGUAGUACAAUGUAUGAAAAGUACACCCUUUCACCUACAUAUUGUAUGGUUCUUCUCUGAAGUAGCAUCAUUCCCAAUAUUCCAAAUUUAAAUCAGGCCAUUUAUAACCCAAUUGUUUUUUCCCUUUCUACUUACAAACGCAAAUUGGAUAUGCACACAGUGACCACCUAGGCUUUAUAUUGUAUUUCAGAAAAAAACAACUUUUCUUAAGGUGUGGGUGCGUCGUGAUCUAGUGUUUCUGACUCUCGCCUUUCAAACAGAGGGUCGUGGGUUCGAAUCCUAGCCAAGGCGUGUUUUCCUUCAGCAAGAAGUUU